GAUCCUGGUGUUUCAGCGGUUGGAAAGGCGACGUCGUAGGGCCGCGGACGGGGGACAUUUAGGCCCCGCUGGUUAUGGUCUCUUAGGACCCAGAAGAAAAAAGCUGAAAGGGGCGGGUGUUUUGUUAGGGGGAGAGAUGACUGCAACCGGAAGCCGUACGGUGGAAGGCCCGCAGGAGUGGCGGCGACGUGUCGGUCUGUGAGGCGCAGGGAGCACUUCCCCAGGGUGCUGGGCUGGGAGGGCCGCCGCUAAGUGCCUCCUUAUAUACCCCCCCGGGGCCCAGUACACCUAGCAGCGUGGGGCGGCGGCGACGGCGAAGACCCGGGCUGGGAGCUUUGGCGGCCGGGGUCCCAGCCAUGGCCGAGUCUGUGGAGCGGCUGCAGCAGCGGGUUCGGGAGCUGGAGCGGGAGUUGGCCCGGGAGAGAAGUCGGCGGGCCCCGGGGGGCAGCGACGGAGGAGUAGGCCGGUCCCGCAUCGAGAAGAUGAGCCCCGAGGUGGUGGACUCCAACCCGUACAGCCGCCUGAUGGCAUUGAAACGAAUGGGAAUUGUAAGCGACUAUGAGUUGCUACUCUUUGACUAUGACAAGGUGGAACUGGCCAAUAUGAAUAGACUUUUCUUCCAACCUCAUCAAGCAGGAUUAAGUAAAGUUAAAGCAGCAGAACAUACUUUGAGGAACAUUAAUCCUGAUGUUCUUUUUGAAGUCCACAACUAUAAUAUAACUACAGUAGAAAACUUUCAACAUUUCAUGGAUAGAAUAAGUAAUGGUGGAUUAGAAGAGGGAAAACCUGUUGACCUAGUUCUUAGCUGUGUGGACAAUUUUGAAGCUCGAAUGACAAUAAAUACAGCUUGUAAUGAACUUGGACAAACAUGGAUGGAGUCUGGGGUCAGUGAAAAUGCAGUUUCGGGGCACAUACAGCUCAUAAUUCCGGGAGAAUCUGCUUGUUUUGCGUGUGCUCCACCACUUGUAGUUGCUGCAAAUAUUGAUGAAAAGACUCUGAAACGAGAAGGUGUUUGUGCAGCCAGUCUUCCUACCACUAUGGGAGUGGUUGCUGGGAUCUUGGUACAAAAUGUGUUAAAGUUUCUGUUAAAUUUUGGUACUGUUAGUUUUUACCUUGGAUACAAUGCAAUGCAGGAUUUUUUUCCUACUAUGUCCAUGAAGCCUAAUCCUCAGUGUGAUGACAAAAAUUGCAGAAAGAAGCAGGAAGAUUAUAAGAAAAAGGUAGCAGCACUGCCCAAACAGGAGGUUGUUCAAGAAGAGGAAGAGAUAAUACAUGAAGACAAUGAGUGGGGUAUUGAGUUGGUAUCUGAGGUUUCAGAAGAGGAACUGAAAAAUUCUUCAGGUCCAGUUCCUGACUUACCUGAAGGAAUUACAGUGGCAUACACAAUUCCCAAAAAGCAAGAAGAUUCUGUGCCUGAGGUAACAGUGGAAGAUUCUGGUGAAAGCUUGGAAGACCUCAUGGCCAAGAUGAAGAAUAUGUAGAUAAUGGACUGGCCUAUGUUUUAUUUUCUGUGUUUAAGCCUAUUUCCUUACAAUUAAAAAAAAUCAUUUUAAAACUGACAAAACUUAGGGCCACAUCAACCGAUGUAUAAUCUUUGCUGAAUUGUUACACUUUUUGAAAAUACUGUUACUGUUUCUUGUGCCCUGCCAACCCUCAAUUAGAUCAAUAACUCCUAAAAUUCAUGUUUUAUUCUAGGAAGGAAAUUUCAAAGGAUUAUUUUAGGCACUUAUAAAUCUUAUUGAAAACUUAGUUAUUGAAAUAUCUUGGCUUUUUCGGGAAGGGUGGAAAGAAAGGACCAAUUUGAUGCCAUACAUAUUCCUUCCUUCCAGUCAUCCUGUGCGGUCUGUUGCCUGAGCUUCAUUGCCGUGGACAAUGAAGCAGUUCAUGGUCAUGAAAUGUAGGGAAAGGAACAAGAGGUCCAAGCUGCUGAUGAGAGCCAGCAGGCAUCUACUCACUGUUUGGAAUUGCUCUCUACGAGGAAACUGCCCACUACUACUAUAGUGGCCAACAAUGAAUUUAAAAUAGUUAACCUUAUAACAUAAAAACAUCCACUCAAAUGUUUCCUGGUUACAAACUGAAAUGUAGUCAUUGGAAAAGUUUGUAAACCUGUGAAUUACGUAUUCGAAAUAAGACAAAGGCAAUAAAAGGAAGCUUUUUUCAUGGAUAGACAAGUAGAAGUACUUUCAGGAAGUAGAAAUUAUAUUUCUGCACUGACCAAGAAAAAGAAAUCAUUGCUUGUGGGAAUAUGUACCUUGAGUCACUGUACUUUACUUUGGAGACAGGGAUAAAUUUAGGCUAAGAUUAUCUAGAUUAUACCCACAUAUGGGGUACUUUCUGAAUACUUUUUCAUUUAAAUUUGAUUUCCUAGGUGAUUAUUUAUUGGCAAGGGUUUGCCCUGGAUAAUGGGCAUAAAGGAGGCCUGGACUGCUUCUGAAAUGAUUGACACGUACAGAUUCACUGGAAGAGCAUCAUUUCCCUGAUCAUGACCAUGAAAUUGUAAAGUGAUAAACUGGUUUUCUCUGGAGUUGCAUACAAAUAAUGAAGGCUUAGAGAGCCUUGGCCGAAAGAAAUUCCCAAUGGUUUGGAGAACAUGCAUGUGUAACUAUUAUAUUAUCUAUAGGCUCUUAUGCUAAUCUCCUAGUUUGAUUUCUUGGCUUUGAAGAUAUGAAUGUCUAAGUUGUAUCUCUAGAGGGAAAAUGUUAGUAAAAAAUUAAAAAGUACAUUCCCUACUUGUAAAAUAAAGUUCUGAAAACUAAUUUCAGAAAGCCCCCAAGUAUCUAUUAUGUUCAAUAUAUAUAGUUUUGAGAUUCUAGGGUCAUGUUGUUGAUUCUUAUGUUUAGAGUGAUGUCAGGAAAGUACAGUAUAGUUUUUCUAGCCUUGAAACUUAUUUAUUUUCCCUUGGUAGGUCCUUUGUUGUAUUUUAAAAAUUUAGUGUAUCCAUCUAUAAAAUACCUUCUCUAGUUACUACAUGUUUUUGAAUUUCAAAAAAGAAAUGCAGUCUUCCUAAAUCCCAUUCCUUUGGAAUCUUUGGUACCCUAAUUUAGUAAGGCUUUAAUUAUAAGGUAAAACUUUUAUAGUUUGAGAAAGUAUAAUAGCUAGAACGCAUCUGUUAAAGACCUUUUUUCUGCUCUUAACUUGGCACUGCACACUGCUAGUAUUUUAACCUACACCAAACCUUAUCUAAUUUUUUGGUCUUGUAUCUUCCAUUAGAAAUAGUUAUUGGAUUAUUUUAUCUGGAAAUAAAUCUGGUAACAGGUAUCUUUUGCAACCUCUCUUGACAGUCUUAUUGCCAUGAAAAUUUGUAUAUGUAGGCAGCUGAUUAUGUGAAAUUAAUGAUCACUGAAUUUUACAUGACUAAAACACUUAGUGCUUGACCAGAUUUAUAAACACUUACUGUUUCUAAUGUGAAAGAUGGAAACACUCUCAAAAUUGCCUUAGUACAAAGGCUGUUAAGUUCUAGUAAAACAAUAUAUUCAACUUUAAUGCCUUCCCUCAUUAUUAAUGGAAAGUUAAUUUGUGGUACUACUUAAAUGAUUUAUGUAGUAAAGGAAAUUUGUAUUAUUGGUUUCUUCACAUAAGAAUACUCCCUGAAUACCUACAAACACACUGAUCAACACAGAAAGGUAACAACCAUUUAAGAAUAUUUAUUAAGGAAGCUUUGAC